CUGUGUUAGGUUCAAAAGGCGUUGUGGUAGAAUGUAAAGCCGCCAUCUUUUUUCCUACGGUGGAUUUCACACUGAUGAUACAGGUCAACAGAAAUGUUUUUGAUUGGUUGUUAUUUGCGCGGGAAAAGUCAAAGACGAGCACCGACCAAUAAGGGACAGAGAGACUGGUUACGUCAUCAGGAAGGACUGUUUGGGGUGGAAUCUUGAACAUUUCCUCAACGAAGGAGAAUUUAGUGCACGAAUAGAAAAAGCAAGUUUACUCACUUUUCUCAACUGAUGGUUUUCUCGUGUUUUUGUCUUUCUACACAGAGGCACCGCGUAUUCUCGGCGUCCUGUCUGCAGAUGUCAGCAGGGAUGGCGAUGCGAAUUUAAGCUGUAUCGUGUCGUGUUACCCUCCAAGUAAUAUCACGUGGAAAUUCAAAGGGAAGAAUCUCACUCGCUCUGCGAGAUACGAGUUCAUAGACAGCAGUUAUAUGAUGAAGGUUAAAAACGUUCAAUUUGAGGACGCAGGGCUUUAUGAAUGUUCCCUGAUCAACGAACUUGGGGAGGCCCGCGCAAAUGCGUCUCUUAUCGUCGGAUUGACUGUUGAAUUCAAAGACUACCCCAGGGACACUGUUGCAACUGAGGGAGACCAGGUUACUCUCCAUUGCAACGUAACAGGGGUCCCCAGACCUCAAAUAGCUUGGAAGAAAGACGGGGAACUGGUAACGAAUGGCACUAAAAAUACUGUCACAACAUACUCAGCCUCGAGCAGAGGUUACACUGCGAGCCAAUUACAAAUACGGCAAGUUACCAAAGAAGACGUUGCUGUGUACUCUUGUAUUGCAUGGAAUCGUGGCAGCAUUCGUGUGUGGCUGGCAACUGUGCUCUUAACUGGUCCGCCGAUUAUCUCCAGUCCUCCGAAGGACAUUUCUGUCCUCUCUGGAGCAAAUGUGACUUUCUUCUGUCUUGGUUUGGGCGCUCCAGAGCCUGAGCUGACAUGGCUUAAGGAUUCCGAGACUAUUAAGCCAUCCAAGAGAGUAACCAUUAACGCUCAGAGCGGUUCCCUUCAGUUGUUUGUGGUUACAGUCGCGGACGCUGGAAAGUACACAUGCGUUUAUAAGAAUAAAUAUGGCGAGGACAGGAAGUCGGCAGUACUUCGUGUGGAUGGCAUUGAUCCGGAACAGGUAACCUCUGCACAGCCAUUAGCUCAAAAGAAAUCCAUCUCAACAGGAACGAUAGUGGCUAUCGUGGUAAUUUUAGUAGUCAUCAUUGCUAUCAUUGUGGGUAUCGUGUUGUACCGUUACUGCCACGAACGCAAUGAAACCUUCCAGUUUGCAGUGGAUGGGAAUUCUUUAAGGCCGUCUCUUCGAACACGGGUCAAGAACGCUAUGGGUAAGAAGCAGCCGUCGAGUUUGUACUACAAUCACAGCCGGGAUGAAGUGAACUUUGACGAUAGCAAACCAUUUGUGGAUCAUGACGAACUCUGAGAAGCAAGAAUCAUGCAGUUUUUUUCUUGUAAUAAUUGCGCUCUUUUAGACUUGGCUGUCCGUUACUGAGAAAUGGCCGUACAAUAGCAACGUUUUCGCUAAAGAUGCCUGUAAAUGAAAGGACAUGAAGAACUCUGUGUAUGAAGUAACAAUGUAUAUGGAAUUCACUUAAUAGGGGCACCGGCUGUCAAUCUCAGGGAUACUCCUUGGGGUUCACAAGUAAACU